CUCUCUCUCUCUCUCUCUCUCUCCAUAAAGACAACUGUUUACAGACACUGAAAUGACUGAAUCUUCAAUCUCAUCAUCCAUGGCUUUUGAUAUUAAGGAAAAUGAAGCGUUGAUUCCGAGCAAUCAGACUCACCAACGCCACCACAUGGAUUCCGGUUCUGAAUCUGCUUUUAUCGGUUCAUGGGGUUCCUCAUCGUCGUCUUCCUUCCUCACUACCUCCUUCGGGUCGGAGCUUGAUUCAAACGAUGCAGAUCUAGACGACGGUGGCGAAGAAGACGAGUUCAUUGCUCAGUUAACUCGACAAAUGGCUGAUUACAUGCUUGAAGAAAACGACGAUAGCGGAGGUGACGAAAAUCCUCCUUCGAAACCCUCGGUUGUUCAGAAACGCAACUUCCAGGAACCUAAUUACAAUCAAAAUCACGAACAAACUCGACGGAGCUACGCAGAUACCGUGAAGAAAUCGAUAGUCGGAUUUCAAUCGGACCAAAAUUUUACCGUCGAUAAACAAAAAGAAUCCCCAAUUCAACUGUAUCAGGUAGAAAAUCAACCUCGAGUAGGAGGGCAGAGUGGUGGUGGGUGGGGAAGAAAAGGGAAGAUGACCGAGUCGACUCAGCAGAUGAAAUCACACCAGAUGCAUAACAACAGAGGUUUGUUGAAUGGCGGCAAGGCGUACUCCGGCGGCGUUCACGGGUCGUCGGGUAUGAGAGCCAUUUUUCUUGGCGGGUCGGGUUCACGAAGCGUGAUGAGUGGGACCGGUGUUUUCUUGCCUCGUUCAGCCACAGACGCAACCGAUCACAGCCGCAAAAAGCCAGGUUGUUCAACCGCACUCGUACCGACAAGAGUCCUACAAGCAUUAGAACAACACUUCAACAACUUGGAGUGCCUUUCACCGUUGAACACCUUACCUCAAACCCAAGUUAAGAACGACGGAAAACAAGCACAGGAGUCGGUACCAGUGGACCAUCCCAAGUCCAAACUCCCUCAAGAAUGGAUUUAUUGAUGGUAUAUAGUUUUAGAUGUCUACUGAUAUAAUAAUGAAUGAAUGAAUGGAUUGUUUUAUAAGAAACAAUAAGAUAAUAAAAAGAAAGGGUAUGUAGGUGAAGGUCAAAUAACGUGAUUGUACAUGUAGUGAUGCUUUAAGUUGUAGGGGUCAUUAUUGUAAAUUGUAUUCUUCAUGUGGCCUCUUUGUAAAAUAAACAAUGUAAUAGAAUGAAAUAAGUCAUUCUAAAUAAAUGUUGUU